AUGAAGGCCAGGAUGCGAGCUUCGGCCCCACUUCGGACGGAAUCCUGUCAAGCAAGCUUCAGCUACUGUGCCCAGCAAAAAGAAACGAGGCAGGAGACGGAAAGAAAGUGGACGCCAACGCCCGGUACUCUGAACAGAUGUUGGUUGUGCAGCUCUCCGGAUCACUGGGUAGACCAGUGUAAGAAAUUCGCAUCUAGGCCAGUACCGGAUAGGUUGAGGAUGGCCAAGAAAAAUCGUGCUUGUUUUAGCUGCCUCAGACAAGCAGAGAGAGGGCAUUGUAAGAAACGCAGACCGUGUCCAGAGAUGUUUCAAGGGCAGAAGUGCAAAUUCUACCAUCAGCCACUGUUGCACCCUGUAGAAAGACGGAGGCCGAGUAACAGUUCAGAGCAGACGCAACGAGCCUAUGUAUAUGUCGCCACGGUCGGAGCCAAGGAAGCUCUGCUACCGAUCGUUUUAGUUGAGAUCAUGGGACGCAAUGGCAGCAAGAAGGAGGGUAACGUUCUGCUUGAUUCAGGUGCGCAGAUAAGCCUCGUCCGCCAGGAGUUAGCAACAGAGCUGCAGUUGAAGGGCAAGCCCACCACUAUCACCAUAGGCAAGAUUGGUGGAGAAGAAGAGGUUUUGCAGACCAAUAUGUAUAAAGUGCCGAUAAGAGAAGCUGGAAAGGGAGGCAACCCCUUUAUCGUGUCAGCCGUAGGGAUUUCGUGCAUUAGCGAAAAUGCAGCCACUACUGAUCUGGAUGAUCUGACAAGGAAGUUUGGUCUCAAGCUCACGGAUGUGCACAGAGGUAGCGGAGCUGUGGAUCUCUUGAUCGGAAUCGACCAGGCCAGGUUACAUGGCGGAGAGACAAGGGAGGUAGGCUACUGCACUGCUCGAAAGUCGCCAAUAGGAUGGGUCAUCUUUGGUUCAGCACCUGAUGAUAAAGUGCAGAGUAAUGAUGUACUCCAUGUCAAAGUAACAUCGCCUGUUGAUUUGACAGACUUUUGGUCAGUCGAGUCUGAGGGAGUGAGGAUGGAUGGGAGUCAGUGUAAGGAGAGCAGACUUACAAGACAAGAGGCCAUUGAGGAACAGGUCAUCAGAUCCUCAGCUCACAAGAUCGGAAAGCAGUGGGAGAUAGCCUACCCUUGGGAACAAGAUCCACAAAUGUUGCCGGAUAACAAGUGCCAGGCGGAGAAGGUGCUUCAUUCAACAGAGAGGAGGCUUGCUAAGAAUCCCGAGCACGCCAAAGCUUAUGACCAGCAGAUCCGUGAAAUGGAGGGGAUGGGUUUCGCCAGGAGGCUUUCGCCUCAGGAGGUGAAUAAGCAGGAAGGACCUGUGCAUUACAUCUCCCACCACGCAAUAGUGAGGCCUGAAAAAAAGAGUACUCCAAUCAGAAUAGUCUUCAACUCAUCGGCAUCAUUUCAAGGACAUAGCUUAAAUGAAUACUGGAUGAAAGGAACCUUAUGCGCCGAUAUCUCAAAGAUGUACCACAGAGUGCUCAUUCCAGAGAGUGAUCAACACGUACACAGGUUCCUUUGGAGGAACAUGGAUAUGAGUAGAACACCAGACGUGUAUAUCAUGAAGGUAGUAACCUUUGGAGACAAGCCUGCAGCGGCAAUGGCGCAGAUUGCUCUCAAGAUGACUGCAGAGGAAGGGGAGAGUACACACCCAGAAGCAGCGAAUGUCCUCAAUCACAAUGUGUACAUGGACGACAUUUGUGAGUCGGUCAGGACGAUUCCUGAAGCGGAGAAGCUCUCCAGUGAUAUAGACGAGCUAUUAGCUGAAGGUGGCUUCAAAGUCAAGGGGUGGAUAUCAAAUGAGCCACUACAUGGAGACAGCAAGGAAGAUAACAUGAAGCUACUAGAAGCCCUUGCUGAAGAGAAAAUGCUGGGUGUCGUGUGGGACAAGAAAGAAGACGUCUUCUCAUACCGAGUAAAGUUCCAUGAAGGUAUGAUGCCUUCAACUGAUGCGGGAGGGGACCAUCUAAAGCUCACCAAAAGGAAGAUGCUAAGCCAAGUGGCCCGUGUUUUUGACCCCAUUGGCUUUGCAGCUAUAAUCAUUGCACGCGCUAAGAUGGUUCUACAGAGGCUAUGGCAGGUGGGCCUUCAAUGGGACGAUCCACUAACGGAGAGAGAGCAUGCUGAAUGGAUCAAGCUGUUUGAGGAGAUAAAGUCGCUUUACGAUGUCAAGCUAGAGAGAUGUCUUACGCCAUCCAACGCAAGAGGCAAGCCAGUUCUGUGCAUUUUCAGUAAUGCCUCAGAAAAGGCAUAUGGUACGUGUGCGUACCUAAGAUGGCAGACUGAGGAUGACAAGUACGAUGUGCGGUUCGUGGCGGCAAAGUCAAAGGUAGCGCCGCUUAAGACAUUGACAAUACCUCGUCUGGAGCUUCAAGCGGCGGUGUUAGCCUCCAGACUGUACAAGGCAAUAAAUGAUGAAAUGAGAGUGGAAGUAGCGAAAGUGAUAUUCUUCGUCGACAGUAUGAUUGUGUUCCACUGGAUCAAAUCUCCUGCUAGAGGCUUCAAGGCGUUUGUGUCCAGCAGAGUGGGAGAAAUUCAAGGUCUAACAGAUCCUUCUCAGUGGAAACACAUUCCGGGAGUUAUGAAUGCCGCUGAUGAUGUAUCCAGAGGAGUAACGGCCGAGAAACUGGGAGAAGUAUGGAAGCAUGGUCCUAGCUUUCUCUACACUGACGAAGCAGAAUGGCCAGUAGAUGAGCCCGAAGCAGAUCAGAGGGCUGUUGAGGUAGAGAAGAGGAAAUCGCCAGCCGUGCUUACAGUGUAUGAGACAAGCGAUGUGAUAGAUUGCACACGGUUUUCCAGUUGA